CUGAUCCAAGCUCCCCCGAAAGACCAAAUCUUUUGUUUAGGGUUCUAAGCUCAGAGACUCGGUAAAAUAAAAAGACGACAACUUUUCUCUGGUUCAGAAGCAGAGAAAGUUUCAUCCUUUAGUGUCUUUUUCGGCAGCGAAACCCUAAAAAAGACCAAAGCUUUGCAGUGUACGAGGAAGAAGCCGACAUGUCUCAGAGCCUUCUUCACGUUUGCAAAACUUGCGGAAAAUGGUUCGCGACUGCGAAAGCUGUGUACGGUCACCAGAGGGUUCACUCCGAGUUGAAACGGAAGCCUAGGGUUAGGGUUUUUUGCUCUGUUUCGACCUCCAUCGAAUCUAAAGCCCUUGAUCCUUCGUUGUCGCUCAAAGAAUCUUCUUCUUAUUCUUUUAUGAGUGAGAUUGAGAAACAAGAGAUGGAUGAAGCUGCCAUGAGCUUGGUUAUGUUAUCUCAAGGAGUUUCUCAUAUCAGAAACUUGCCUCCGGGUAUUGAUCAGCCGAAACAAGAGUUCUUCAGUGAAGUGUCUGCUACUUGCAGUGAUGUUGUUGUUGCUCAGGCAUUGCCUUCUCCUCUGAGGAGUAAGUCUCUGGCGAAAGGGGAGAAUAACUUUAGCUAUAGAAUCAAAAUAUGCGGCAAGAGUUUUGAGCGUUCUCUAGGUGGUCAUUCACUGCCUGUGUUGGCUGACUCAGGAGCUAAGAAGGUUGUUCCAGAACCAUCAUGCUUUGGAGUCUCUCAGGAGGAGUUGGUUGAACGUGGAGAUGCUAAUGUGGAAGAAUAUUCUGUUGAGGCGAGGCAAGGUUUCAGUAAAGUGUCUUCUCACUCAGGUGUCGAAAAGCCUAGCAGUUACGGUGAUGUUGUUGCUCAAGAAGCGUUGCUUAUUCCAUUGGGAAGUAGGUUGCAGGAAGAACCAGAGAGUAACUGUAGCUAUAGAUGCAAAGUAUGCGGCAAGAGUUUUGGGUGUUUUCAAUCUCUAGGAGGCCACCAAAAUCUUCACAGAGGGGGUAAAAGGAAGAGAUUUGAAGAUGGUAGUUCACCGUCUGCCUCAUCAGAAGCUAAGAAGAUUGUUCCACAACCAUCAAAAAGCUUCGAGGUCUCUCAGGAGGAACAUUCUGUGGAGUUGAAAGAAGGUUUCGAAAAGUUUAGUAGUUGCAGUGAUGUUCUUGCUCAACCAUCACCUUCUCCUCGGAGAUGUAAUAUGCAGAAAGGAUCACAGAGUAACUCCAGCUAUGAGAGGGGUUUGAAAAUGUUGUAGUUUCACCGUAUGACUCAUCAGAAGCUAAGAAGAUUGUUCCAAAACCACCAAAGCUUUGAGGUCUCUCCGGAGAAAUUGUUUGAACAUAGAGGUUUGUCUACAUAGAAUCUUCAGAUUAGUUGAACAGAAAGGAUGUGUUGGAAACAUUUGUUGCUCUUU